GUCUCAAGGUGGGUGAUGGUAUUUACGAGGUCGAUGUAUAUGGGCUCCGGCAACCAGAUAACACCAGCAUGACAGUAAUCUCGUCCACCCAAGGAGCAUUAAAAAAAAACGUAACGUAAUUCGCCUUUGAUAAAAAAAACUCAUAUUAUCAUAAUGAUCUACAGCGCAUUUCAAUGUACAAGUUAAUGUUGAUGAAUAAAAAUAACUAAUUUGCCAACUUCAUACUGUCAAAGUUGUUAACAUAAUAAAACCAUAAAAAAAAAAAACAUUUUAUGAUAAUUAAACGGAUAAAUGUAAAUAUAUAAAAAUAAUCGAUUUUUAUUACAAAUAUCGGCUAUUUGAAAUCGCGCGUUUUGCUUCUUUCUGUUUGAUGUCUGUUUGAUGUACCAUCAAUGGUGUGCGGCUACGCAUCUUUGAUGUAGGUCCAAGAAUAUAUACCUAUAAAUAAAUAUUUCAAUAUUACAAGGAAAACUGAUAUUGUAAAAGUUGCACAGCGGGUAUCAAAUUAACGUAAUUUAGGAACUUCAAUAUUGCUGUAGCAAACACUUGAGACGUCAUUAAGGAAUUACAAUAUAAAAGUGGCAAGAAACAAGAGUCUGGUAGCGAAUAUUGAUUAGGGGUUGUGAGUUGCGCAUGUGUGCACGUCGCGCACCCCUUGCUACUCACACAGGCGCAGCGCGCCGUUAUGUGAGUGCGUGGUGGUCUGCCGAUCGGGGGACAUUCUGUCCCGUACACUGCAGUAUUAUAUUCUGUUAUUUUAUUAAUUCCUGGCUCAGCCCGAGCCGAAUUAUCGCAUCAUCGUCAUGUGAACUACACCGCCGUCGAGCCGAAACGCGAUUACAAAUACAUAGGUACCGCUAACGGCGACGAAAAAAAAUCAAUAAAACACGUAGUUCAACUUGCAUUUCGUCGACAUGUAGCUGUAGAAGUGUAGCGGACUCCAAUAGUGUAUUUCCGUUUCAGUGAUAAGCAAAAGCUUCCGAUGUUCAAUCACAAGUUACCGACCGACUUUCCAAUGCAAACCCUCCGUAAGAAAACCAGCCCGUGCAAAUAGGGUGUGUUGAAGGGCCGCGCCGGAUGCGGAGCGGUGAUGCAUCGGGGAACAGUAACACCAUAAUUUAUUAUUUGUGGUUUUGUCCGGGGAAAUAAUGCAGGUGUGUCAUUUCCAGCACCUCCUGCGUCAGUUCGGUGAGUAUUCACACAGAUCUGUCGUCUAUAUUUCAUAGCAUGUGCAUCCACACUACCGUUCGACGAUUAUCAUUAUGUCUUGUGACCGCUUUAUCUAUUAUUUUUAUUUAUAGGGCAUGAUGCAACACUACUGCUAUAUGAACACACAUAAUGCCCUGAAAUAAUAAGUUGAACAGACUAGCGACAGACGAGGAGCUUCCUUACAAGAACGAUCCUGGCCGGUUCCUCGGCGAGGGGGUUUCGUUUCGUGCGAAGCUCAUCGGGGUUCUGGAGGUACCUGAGGCCCGCGGCGACAGAAUGUGCCAGGAAGCGCUGGCGGAUCUAAAGAUGGCGAUCCGAGCCGCCGGCGAGCACAAGCAGAGGAUACAAGUUCACGUGGCCAUAGACGGACUGCGCCUGCGUGACGACAAAACCGGCGACUCUCUGUACCAUCAUCCAGUGCACAAGAUAUCCUUUAUCGCUCAGGACAUGACAGAUUCAAGGGCGUUUGGAUACAUAUUCGGUUCACCGGACACGGGACAUAGAUUUUUCGGGAUCAAGACUGAUAAAGCUGCUAGUCAAGUUGUGAUAGCCAUGAGGGAUUUAUUUCAAGUAGUGUUCGAGCUGAAGAAGAAGGAAGUCGAAAUGGCAAAACAGCAAUUGGAAGUUAAGACGAUCAUCAGCAGUCUUUCGAGGCACACGAGUACGUCAGCUUCGGAGAAACUUACAAAAACGAAUUCAUCGGGAGAUGCCAACACGACCGGUUCGAAGACAACCGAAUCAGGUGCCGAAGGUGGUGUCGCUGAACUAGUGGACUUAGAACAAGAACUGAGUUCGUUAAGAAGAGGUCUAACACAAGUAGAAGGCCUAACGCCGUCCACCGACCCGUUCGGAGAUUCCUUCAUAGUAACCUCGCAAAAAGGACUGCUUCCCCCACCGCCAUCGGGGGCUUCCACUCGAGGGCGAAGCACCCCCGCCACCCAGCGCUCCACGUUCAGCCCUAGCAAGACAGCACCGACCACCCUCCCAUUCGACAUAGUACCGGCUUCUUCGGACUUGGAAACAACACCGGCACCAAUAGUGGACAGUGUUUGUGAGCAACCAGAUCUCAAAAAUCCCCCAAAGAAAGUACUCAAAGACCUGGUGCCGGUCGCGCAGAGUCUGAUUAGCGAUGCUACGCCGGUCGCCAACGAGUGCAAGGCCGACUACGGUCGGGCGACGACGAUGACGUCACUGUCGCGCCACUCGGGCGGGUCGGUCGCCAUCGCCAAGCCGCAGAACGCAAUGUUCGGGGGGGGCUUUUUCGCGUCCGAUCCGUUCGCGGAAACCGAUCCUUUUGAUAACGCGGAUCCGUUUUCCGAUUCGUUCAAAGAUGAUCCGUUCACGAGUAUGCAGGAGUUCCCCAAGUCUAGCGCGCCGAGAGCCGACGAACCGAAAACCGUGCCGAAAGAUUCGGCGCUAGAGAAAUUGGAACCGAGCUUGGAAGGUGCGAGGAAUGUCUUCAACGGGCCCCUGCAGGUGUCGUUGCCGCCGGAACCGGCUCCUAAAUCGCCAAGACUCCAAAGACAGGGCACAGACACGAGUACAAUAAGACAACGUCCACAGCCUAGUUCUAAAAUGAGCCAGGAGAAUGCUUCUCCUCCUCCUCCCCUCCCUCCCAAGAAGACAGGCGAAGUGCUGGCAGUGCGACCUCCCCCUCGACCGCCGCACGAUACUGAACACGAAGACUCUGACGUCGGACCGCCAUUACCUAAGCCUGCCAGGAAGAAGGAGCCUAUAGCGGAUCGCAAGACGAAGCCGCGGCUGUCGUCCGCCGGCACCAACAGCAGCGAGGACGAGUACCUGACGCCGGCGCCCCCCCCGCUCCCCGCCGCGCGCCGCUUCGACAUCACGCUCGCGCAGCUCCUCACCUGCUCCAUGGACGAACUCGCGCUCAGAUUACGAGUGCCGGCCGCGACGCUAUCGUCCAUGACUCUGCCUCAACUCACUGAAUAUUUGAGGUCGUACUUGGCGGCUGACAACGACCGUGCGCACAUACACGUAGAGCCUUCCACGAAGACCGAGAAGGAGACAUCGAUAUCGAUAAUACCGCGUAAAUUGGACAGCACUAUUCCGUCAGCGCCGGAAGCGUCGACAGAUUUCAAGCCGCAGUUCGAAGACGACUUCGCUCCCUCGACCGAAACGAACGGAACCUUCGUUGCGAACUUCGAUGAUUUCGAUAAAAAGGCGAACCCUUCGUUCGAUCGAUACGCGGUUUUCAGAGAGAUACAAGAGCAAGAACUGAAGGCGAAAUCGAUUUUGGAUCCGAGCGACGGCGAAAUCGAUAACAAGACCGACUCGGACUGCAAAGAGUUGACUGCGAUCGACGACCUCAUCAAAUCGAAGCAAGAUCGUGAAGAAACGAAGGAACUGUCCAAAAGUCCUUUGAAGAGCUUGGACGAGCUGACCUUGGACUCGUUUAAUAUGUUCAGGAAGUCGGUCAGCCCGAAACCUUCGCAGAUUGAAGCGAAAAUCGAGGACAUAAAAUCGGUGAUGAAGAGUCUGCAGAUCGACAAGACGAGGGGCAGUGUUUCGCCACGUGACAGUAAUGGAACCGUCGAAAUCAAACUAGAAGAUUCCAGUGACAGAUACGCUGCUUUACGCGAAAUAACUAUAACCGAGCCCCCCGACGAGUUUGAGUCCCUCCCUCCAGAAAUACCAAAGGAACGAAAGAAGUCCGAUGAAAAAUCGGACGGCUUCGAUAACUCCGACUUCUUCGACUGCAUCGAUAAUAGUUCUCUCUCGUUCACGCACGUUGAAGACGCGUUCAGGAAGAGCCCGAGCGUGAAAGAGAGGGAAGAGGAAAAGAGAAAUGAGGAUAAGAAGGACGUAGCUGUCGAGUUGACUCCGGUGCGGGAACUGAGGCCUCCGGAGAGGGUCUCGACCGGCUCCAUUAGCGACGUUGUUAGCGGAUCUUCACCCGAUACAAAAGAGAAGUGCGUGGGGGGCGCGGGGCGGUGGGCCGUGCUGCGGGGGGCGGGGGGCUCCGGCGCGUCCUCCGACUCGCGGGAGUCCGAACCGCGCGUGCGUCGCUCGCACCGCCCGCGACACAGCCCCGCCGCCACCAGGACUGUCGUUGUACAAACUUCGUCGUCGUCAAGAGACGUGUCGCCCUGGGAUGAAGACUUGCCUCCGGUGACCAGACUGCCUAGACCACCUUCACACCAUCGAGACCGAGAGUCGAGACACAACUCAUCCGGUUCGAGGGAAUGCUUAGACUCCGGUAGCGGACGGGAAAAGGAAAAAAUAAGAGAUAAGAGAGACAUGCGCGAACGAGAACGAGAUGGAAGAGAUUCCGCAAGAGAUCGAAGGGAUUCAGGCAGCGGGAGAGACAGGCGUGACAUCAGCAAAGAUCGAGACCACAGGGAGAGGAGAGACAGGAGGAGCAGAGAAAGAGAAAACGACUCUUGGGACAGAGAUAGAAAUUAUAGUCAAGAUUAUAGAGACUCUCGUAGCAGAGAGAGGCCGACCAAAGAUUACAGGGAGAAGGAUAGAGACAGGCAUAGGAGACAACGACAUUCUUAUGACGAAGAAGAUGAUUACAGUGACGGGUGCGGUUCCGGCAGAUCAUCGCCCAGAGAACGCUGGCCCGACCAGAGAUGGAGGAGAGACGAAAGAAACUAUGGUUCACUUGGAUGGCGCGAGACGAGACGUCGAGCUGAAAUGAGGCAAACCGAAGAUAAUGACAGGAGAUACGGCUCAACACUCGGGUGGCCCGGACGCCGGUCCACGAAUGCGAGGCGGGACAGUGACCGCGAACGCGAGCGGGAGACCAGCCGAGAGUCCAGGGACUCGCGCGAGUCACGAGACUCCCGGGAGUCCAGAGAGUCGCGUCGGCGACCCCGCAAGGACGAACCCAGAGCGCGGCCCAGAGACUAUCGGUUCUCGAAUGAUUUCUCGCCCCGGGACAGGGACUCGCCCUUCGAUAACGACUUCCAGGAAACGCCGACACCGACGACCAAGAAACGGGCGCCUUACGCCAGCCUGGAAGGGACGAGAUUCGUAUUCGAAUCAGAAGACGUGACGGCGUCCCCCGCGUCGGGCAGCAGCGCGCGGGCCCGCGACGGCGACUCGUCCACGACUCGAUUCCGAUUCGAUUCCGACUCGAUCUCACCUCGCUCGAUGUUCGAGGACGACUUCACGGCCGUGUCGACGCCGCGGGGCCGGGCCGCCUCUAUAGCCGAGGAGGACGAGAACGACGUCCCCCCCCUCCGCGCGAGACCUCCCCCCCACAAAGACAUCAGGAAAUCGGAAUCGAUUAACAUAUUCACUCGAGACUCGGACCCCUUCGAAGGCGAUGCGUUCUUCGCGUGCACGGGCUCCGAUCGAGUGGCCCGAAGAGAGAACUGGCCCGGAGACUUCCAAGGUUUUGAUAACGCGUGAAUCCUAAAACUAGAACUAGAUAAAUUAUGAUAGAUUCAUGAAGUGAAAUUGGUCGCCUUAGAACUGCUGAUUUGAUAUUGGAUGUUAUCGGAGUUGUGUUAUCUUUUCCGUUAUUAAGACGCUUCCUCGUUUUAAAUGUGUCUUGCCAUAUUUAUAUUUCUUGUUUCGAUCUCAUUUACGUAUACUUUACUAUUUUUAAUACUACUUACAUUUAUAUUAUUAAUUUUUAUUUUAUUUCUCAAAACAAAUCAUAACUAUUAAAAUUACCUGAUAACAUUUUGAUAUAUUUCAAUCAAAUUAUCUUCGUGUUUUAUAAAUGUAUUGAUGAAUGUUUUAAAAUAAGUAUAUAUUAGGUAGCUAUAACAGUUUUUAUUCAAACAUUUUGCUGUUGUGUACCUACUAGACAAAGUGUAUAUUUAACAAGAUAUCCCGUGUAAAUAGUACCUAUAUUCCAAACUUUGUCAUGUCUCCGGCUUAAAAUUAUGUGGACAGAAAUUGCUUUAGUCAACAAUUAAAUUAAAUGCAAUAUUUAUUAUCCCUUUUUGUUUUCAAACUGAGAGCCAAUCCAACAUUUCUAUAACAAUAAAUUAGGUUUAUCCGAAAUUGAUUAAAAAUUACUCAAAUCCUUUUAAAAAUUACUCAAAUCCUAUUAAAAAUCAAAACAUUCUUCACCUGACUGUGUCCACUGAAGUUUUGUAUAUAUAAUUUUGCAAUAUCAAGUUUAAUGUUGACUCAAAAGUUUGUGUGAAUUAAGACAUAACAUGUUCUAAAUGUAAACAUGAAUUAUAAUUUAAAAAAAAUUGCAAAUUUAAAAUGUUUAAAUUUUUGGAUAAGUUUUCAGGAGCAUGCUUCAGAGUUACAAUGAAGCUAGUUCUAUAUAAAUGGGAGAAUUAUUCGAAGCGAAAAUUUUCGAAAAUUGUUCGAUUAUUUUUUAAGUCAAAUCCUUAGUCUUUAGACUUAGUAUUUUAGUAUGUUAUUCAACCUGUGAUAUGGAUAAGGCGGCGCGCUUUGAACAGCUUUCUUAAUUUCAUUAGCGAUUCAAUUUUUUUUAUUAAAAUUCAAUAGCAGCAUAUUGUACACUACACUUGUACAAUGUUAAGUUAUAUGUUUGGCUUCAUUUUGCUUAAUGAUUUUUUUACCUAUUUGAAUACUAAGAAAUAUGUUUUCAUCAAAAUAAAAUUGAAAUCGACAGAAACUCCAUUAAAAACAUAUAAACGUACCUAAUUGGUUUAAUGGGUAUGUUAAUUUUGAAGUAAAUGUAAUUUCAAAAUAAAAUCACCUAAUAAAAAUGAAUUCACGUCCCAUAUAGUCUGUGCGUCCAGCCAAAAAAAAAGACAUUUCAACACGAUAUUAUUCAAUCUAAUUAUCGCAAAAUCGUGAUUUUCGGGCACAAAACUAAUUUAACUCGAUUGUAUUCGUAGAAAUAUGUAAAUAUAUUGUGUUUUUUAAUGUAAAUAAUAAUGAUAAAUGUUUUGGAUUAUGCACGUUAUAUUUUUUUAGAUGAAAUGCUUUUCGGAACUGUAGUAAUUGUGAAGACUGACUCGGGGCUGUCCGUCUUUAUUCGGUAAACAAUUAAUAAAUAAAUUCUCUUGCAUCAUUGAGUUCUAUUAAGGUUCAAUAGAGAACUUUUAGAAGCCACUUGUAACUAGAAUAAGUUUUGAAACGGAUUUAAAUUUAUCGAUUAGAAACUAUUAUAUAUAAUUUGCCAUCGGAAAACAAAUAUAUAAGUACCAUUGAGUCGGUUUGAUGUUGAACCUAAAGGGUGGGUACAAAGUUGUGUUUGAACACACGCUACAAAGGGUGUUCUUUUUAGUUUUAUUUAUAAAAUAAAUUGUUAUUCAUUUAUUAACGUGAGCAUUUCUCCAGUGGAUUAGGUAAAUAAAACAGUGUUGCAUUUUAUUUUAGUGUUUCGAAUGUCCUGGAAAUAUGACUGGGAAAGUCAAGAAAAAACUAGAUAGUUUUCAUUUCAACUGAUAUAAUCAAUGUGAAAAAAGAAGUUAAUAAAUACGGCUACAGGCUUCGGUAUAUUAGCUACUUACAAGCGUGUUUGCUGAGAGCUCUACCUCAAUGCAGUAAAAUAAUAUGUUGAUAUAAAGCGCUAUGCUACAAUGGUUGAUGUGGUAGCCAUACAACAACAUUUGUCAUUCUACUAUAUUAACAGAGUUUAUCACAUAACACAUAAUUUUUCUAAAGUUAUUGUGAUACACUAUAUAUAAACACCUUUCAUUUCGACUGUUAAUUUUUCUAGGACACUCACAAAAAGCAUUUUGUUUUCCCUAGUUUGUAUUUAUACCAACUACAUAUUUGCAUUCACUAUGUAUCAUUUUUCAGAUUUAAAAAAAAAAAAAUAUUGCAUAGAUGGGUGGACGAGUUCACAGCCCACAGUUAUUCAUAUUAUUGAAAUAUAAAAAUUCUAUUAUUUUAUUUGUCAAAAUACUCACUAAAUUUAAUAAAGCAUUUAUGGGCGUUAUUGAUCUGACUCUAAAAAUAAUUACGUAUUAGGAUACGAAGUUUAUCUUCAAUCUUAAUAAGUGACUAUUAAAGAAAAUUAAAAUAAAUGAAGUUAUACUUUUUGUCUGUUAUAUUUUUAGUUAGUAAUAACUCUUAAAAUAUACAACUUAUAAACAGUGUACAGUUAGGAAAUUAUUCCUGAAGUCCAACUUGUAUUAUACACCUACUAUUUUAACUUAAAACAAUUUUCCUUUGUUAUGUUUGUAAGUUAAGUAAUCGGUCAGUAGUAGUGCCCCGAGAAUGAUGCCUUGUAUCAUGAAACGAUAUAAUGUUGUUAAAACUAAAACCAAACAACACCUAGAUGAGGCAUGUCGACGCAUAACAGACAACCAAAAAGGUAUUAAUUUAGAGUUAACUUUUAAAACUGUCAACGGUUGAAACCAUGUAAGGGAACGUACCCAUACUACGUGACCUUUUUUUUUUAGUUUUUUCGAACUCUCCCUCCCCUCGGUGAUCACUCGUAGUAUAUGUCAAGACCCCCCUCUCCCCCUUUAGUUUUCACGUAGUAAUUCAUAAUUAUGAUUUUUAAUCAUUUCACAGGCAAAAAUUGAAAAAAAAAAAAUUGGUUCAUACUCGUCUUUAUGUCAUAAGAGUGCAUGCACACUUAAAUAACUAGUGAAUUAUGUAGUGUGAGUUUACAAAGCGCAAAAAACUGCGCGCUAUAUUCGAAUAUAAGUCGACCCCCGCUCCUGUGACUGACCGUAGUAUUUUAUAGACUCCGCUCCCCCCCCCCCCCCCCCCCAAAUGAGUCACGUAAUAUGGGUACGUUCCCUAAUACGCAGAACAUUUGUAUUAAUGAGGAAACCAACUACUGAAUAUUCGAAUGAAAUUAAAGCGUAAACUGCAAAUGAAGUUACCCUUAGUAAUGAAAUAAGUAGAAUUUUUAAUAAUGUAUUUUCUGUAUAAAAUGUAGCUAAAGCGAAAAUUAUGUGCAAUUAUUACCACCAGUACGACGUAAUACCAAAGGUAUUUAUGUUCUAUAUGAUUAACUGCUGUGUAUUAUAUUCAACCAAUAAAUUUAUAAACUUAAUUGAAAAUAA